UCAAUAUGUAAACUUAUGUUUAGACUUCUAUGCAACUUGUAUAUUAUGAUAUUUUUGGAAUGAUAUUUGAAAUGUGAUUCGAAAUUGGUAUUGGUAUCAAGUCUGCCAAUAUUUUUGGACUGUAAAAUUCUCACCAUGGAUACAUCUUCUCUACCUUUGGAAAUUCGAGCCAAAUUGGCUGAGCUGGAUUUGGAACUGUCAGAAGGUGACAUCACACAAAAAGGUUAUGAAAAGAAGAAAGCAAGACUACUGGAGCCAUUUGCUGCUUCUAUGCAACCUGUGCGAGUGAUGCCUGCUGAAGGUAUACCUGCUAAAGUAGAAGAUAAAAAAUCUAAGCAUCAGUAUGAGAAGGCUCAAAAGAAAAAAGCUAAAAGAAAUUUGAAAUCUUCUAAACAAUCUCGAAGAGAUGACAGAUAUAGAUCUGAUGCUCACACUGAAGCUGUUCAGCAAGCGUUAGCAAAACACAAUAAAUCGAAACGAGUUCCAGUACUUCCUCUUGGAUUGAAACGUCGAUCACUCAUUGCUCAUAAUGUGUAUUUAGCAAGUGAUGAAAGUUCAGAUGAGGAUGCAUCAACAGAUGCUUCUGGAGGUGGUGAGUUUGAUUUAUCACUCAAAAGGAAGACUGAUGAUUCUUCAUCAGAUAGAAGUAGUCAUAGCGCUAAUCCUUCUCCACUUCCUACACAUCGAUUUGAUCCUUCAGCAAUUAAGUUGAAAAGUCCAUCGGAAAGAUCGAGACAGAUUGUUCAAAGAAAUUCAUCAUCAUUGUCGACUUCUUCCAAUGAAGAUUUAUCAUCGAUAAGUAACAAAAUACGUCUUGCACAAAGAAAUUCUUCAUCUGCCUCGGAUAAUCAACCACAACCGUUGGCAAGAGUUCUUCAACAAUCUGUAUCGUGGGAGGCGCAAAGAUCAGGUGGACCUCCUACACCAUUGAGUAAAAAAAUUGCUGAUAUCAUGCCCCAGAUAUUGCCAGGAAGUCGACCAACAUCACAGAGUCUCCCUCCUGAUGUUGCAAAUAUCACAUCAUCUGGUGGAUUUCCGCCACCGCCUUGUGAGGAAGAAUUACUUGCUGCUACAAAAUCUAGUCCAAUUGUGAUAAAACCUUCUCCUUCCAUUGGAAGACGAUCAGAUACAACCAGUUACGGCAGAACAUCAAUAUCAAGUGUAGAGGACGAUGAAGAUGCUCCUGCGGUUACUAAAGUUUCAGCAAAAAUUCAACAGCUUCUGAAUACAUUAAAGGAAACAGAAGAAGAACAUGAAUUGGAACGACAAUCCGUAACACAUGUUAACAAAUUAGCAAUGAAACUUCAGCGACCAAAAAAGAAGCCACUAAUUGAAUAUUUUCAAGAUGAUCAGGAAGAAUUAGAACCUCCACCUUUUGAUGAGAAUGCCCCUAGGCCAGGAGGUCCAAUAAGUAAACCUACAAAGGGUGAACCAGCUACUGAGCAUUCUAAUUUACCACACUCUUUAGAGGCUGCUAUACACAGAUGUGGUACAGCUAAUCCUAAGGCUCCUUGUUUAACAUCUGUCAAUGGCAAUGGAAAGAGUGCAAAUACUUUGACAUAUGGAAAAUUACUAUCGAGAAUGCGCAAGAUUGCGUACACUUUAACACACAAGCGUGGAGUUGCUCCUGGAAGUAGAAUAGCUCUUGUGUUCCCGAAUAGUGAUCCUAUAUCUUAUGUAUGUACAUUCUAUGGAUGUAUGCUUGCUGGAAUUGUGCCUGUUACUGUCGAAGUUCCUAUGUCAUCAAAGGAUGCUGGUAGCUCCCAACUUGGAUUCUUACUCGGUAAUUGUGGUGUUCAAGUUGCCCUCACAUGCGAUGCUUGUGUGAAGGGAUUGCCUAAAAAUGAGAAAGGUGAAAUAAUUCAAUUAAAAGGUUGGCCCAAGCUCCAGUGGAUAUUGACGGAUUCCAAGCAUUUACCUAAAGUUCCGAGUAAUUGGGAACCUACUGCACGAAGUCCAGAUAAUCAACUUGCUUAUAUUGAAUAUAAAACUGGAAAAAAUAAUAGUGUUGUUGGUGUAACACAUUCAAGAUCUCUUAUACACAAUCAUUGCAAAUCUUUGGUUAGUACGCUGUGCUAUAAUCCUGGUGAUGUGAUGAUAAACCUUUUAGAUUUUAAACGUGGUGUCGGAUUGGUUCAUGGAUUACUUGCGAGUAUAUUCACUGGAAUGCAUGUAUUUUGCAUCCCGUAUGCACUUAUGAAACAUGAUCCAAUGCAGUGGCUCAGCAUACUCACUAAAAAUAAAGCUUCUUUGGCUCUGGUCAAAUCUCGUGAUUUACACUGGACAUUAGCGAUGCACCGAGAAAAUGCUCAUAUUGAUUUAAAAACUUUGCGAAUGUUACUUGUGUCUGAUGCUGCCAAUCCAUGGUCUCUUGGAUCUAGUGAUGUAUUUCUUCAAGAAUUUGAAAGAAAGGGUUUAAGAAGAGAUGCAGUUUGUCCAUGUGCUUGGUCAACAGAAGCUCUUACUGUUGCAGUGCGACGUCCUGGCACUGAAGCUAUUGCAACAACUAUUUCACUUCAUUCUCUUUCAUUUGGGGUAAUUCAAACUGAAGUCAACAAUCAAGCAACAUCCCUUAUGAUUCAAGAUGUCGGAAGUGUUUUUCCUGGAGCUACAAUAGCCGUUGUCCGAACGGAUGAUUCCAUUGAGUUUUGUCAUAGUGAUGAAGUUGGAGAAUUGCUACUUUGCCCGAAAAAGGGUGGAUACAAAGAUAGCUUAUAUUUUGGUCUUGCUGGAAUUUCGGAGAAAGUUUUUCGUGCCCAUCCAAAGAAUGAACGUUUGCCAUACAUUAGAACAGGACUUUUGGGAUAUGUAGGGCCGAGUGGCCGUGUUUUUGUUACUGGCAAAAUUGAUGGAUUAUUACGCAUCAGUGGGCACAUGCAUAAUGCAGAUGACAUUGUCGCUACAGUAUUGGCUGUUGAGCCUGUUCGAUUUGUAUACAGAGGAAGGAUCGCUGUCUUUAGUAUCAACGUUUUGAAGGACGAGAGACUGGUUAUUAUUGUUGAGCAGAAACCAGAUGUUACAGAAGAAGAAUGUUUUAAAUGGAUGAGCAGUGUAAUACAGGCUGUCGAUGGCAUACAUGGAGUUGGUGUAUAUUGUCUAUCUCUGCUGGCUCCCAAUGGCCUUCCGAAAACUCCCUUAGGAGGCGUGCAUUUGUCUGAAACCAUUAGUCGAUAUUUGGAAGGGGUUCUGAGACCAAGUAAUAUUCUUAUGUGUCCUCACCAAUGUGUUACCAACUUACCAAAACCAAGAACAAGGCACAAAGACAUUGGUGCUGCAUCUUUACUGCAAGGUCAAGUAGUUACAGGUGUACGCUUGGCUGAAGCCAGUGGUCGAAUUCUGCCACCAAGUAGCGAUGGAGAGCUGGAUAGCGACAUUCCUGGAGCAAAAAAGAAUACAAGGCGACAAUCUGGAGGAGGCUCACAAACCAAUACCCUAGAAUCGAAACGAAGAUCCCAAUUUUUGGCAGAAAUUUUAAAAUGGCGUGCUGCCACUACACCGGACCACGUGCUGUUUUCACAAAUCAAUAGCAAGGGUGGUGUUGGAAUUCAACUUACCUGCUCUCAACUUCAUAAAAAAGCUGAAAAAGUUGCUCAAUUGCUUAUGUCUUGUCCAUCUUCUGCCGGUGUGCCAUCACUGUCUACUGGUGAUCAUGUUGCCUUGAUGUUCAAUCCAGGAGUUGACCUGAUUGCAGGAUUUUAUGGUUGUUUAUAUGCCGGAUGUAUACCUGUACCUAUUAGACCAAUCCAUCCACGAGCUGUUGCUGCAACCUCACCUACAGUAAAGAUGAUUGUUAACGUGAGCAAAGCCGUAGCCAUAUUGACUUUCGCGCAAAUGUCUCGGAUGCUCAAGUCAAAAGAAGUACUUUCUGUGCUCGGAAGUCAAGAUCAGUCAUGGCCACCCAUAAUAGACUGUGAGGAAAAUCCAAAAAAGAAGUUACCGGUGGCCUAUCGUCCUCCCACACCUGAAUUGCUGGCUUAUCUUGAUUUUAGUGUCUCUACAGCUGGAACAUUGAUGGGAAUAAAGAUUUCUCACUUGACUGCAAGUCAGUUAUGUCGAAGUAUUAAACUACAAUGCGAACUUUACCCUUCACGGUCUAUCGCCCUUUGUCUAGAUCCAUAUUCUGGACUAAGUUUUGCACUUUGGUGUCUUAAUAGCAUUUUUUCUGGCCAUCACUCCAUUUUGAUUCCUCCAAGUGAAGUAGAGACGAAUCCUCACUUAUGGUUGCAAGUUGUUAGUCAAUAUAAAGUUCGUGAUGUUUAUCUUACAUAUUCUAUCAUGGAUAUUUGUACGAAAGAUCUCGCCCAGCAAGUCCCAUCAUUAAAGUCGAGAGGAAUUUCUCUUUCAAAUGUUCGCACUUGUGUUAUUGUUGCCGAAGAACGUCCCCGCAUCAGACUUGUUUCAAAUUUUUCUAAACUUUACAAAGAUCUGGGUUUGUCUACAAGAGCCAUCACAACAUCAUUUGGCUGCCGUGUCAAUAUUGCGAUCUGUCUUCAGCCACCGAAACUGGGUAUAUUAUCUGAACAAGUAAUUUCCGAUGAACCAAAUAUGGGAGCCUCCUGCCCUGAUCCAUCUACCGUCUAUGUUGACACGAGGUCAUUGAGAAAUGACAGAGUUUCGUUGGUUGAGAAGGGAUCACCUCACAGUCUGUGCCUGAUGGAAGCUGGGAAGAUAUUACCUGGAACCAAAGUUGUCAUUGCUGACUGUGACACAAGAGGGCAGUGUGGCGAUUCUAGACUAGGAGAGGUUUGGGUUGCGAGUACUCACAGUUCAAACGGUUACUAUGCAGUUUAUGGGGGAGAAGCUGAUGCGGAUUAUCGCGAUCAUUUUGAGGUUCGAUUAAAAACUGGCGACACCAGAACGACCUAUUGCCGAACUGGUUAUCUUGGAUUUUUACGGAGAACAGAGUUGACUUCAGCAACUGGAGAACGACACGAUGCACUUUAUGUUGUUGGUCCAUUAGAGGAAACAUUGGAAAUUCGAGGAAUGAGAUAUCAUCCUAUCGAUAUAGAAAAUUCUGUGGUUCGAUGCAGUAAUAGAAUAGUCGAAUGUGCUGUCUUUUAUUCCAACAAUCUGCUUGUUGUUGCUGUUGAAUUAGAUGGAAAUGAGAAUACUGCAUUGGAUCUUGUACCUUUGGUCACGAACAUAAUACUCGAAGAGCAAUAUUUAAUAGCUGGAGUUGUUGCUGUGUUGGAUCCAGGUUCAAUCCCAGUAAACUCUCGAGGAGAGAAGCAACGCAUGCAUUUGAGAGACAGUUUUCUUCAAGAUAAACUUGACCCAAUAUAUGUAGCAUAUAACAUGUAAUCUCAUCAUAGCAGGUUUUGUUGGCACAAUAUCUAAAUACCCCUUAUCACCAUGGUCAAAAUUUUGGUUGUCAACUUUUUCUGUGUUCCUUUUAUGAAACUCAAUUGUGAAAAGGAUUUCGAUGAAUUAGUGGCUGAAAUUUACUUAUUUUUGAUUCUUCAAAAUGAACUCUUUGUCUUUAAAUUUUAAGAUAUUUUUAUUCUCGCUUGUUAAAGCCAUUCAUCCAUGACAUGACGAUACAAAAACAAUAUGAUUUUACAAUCUGACCAUUCGUUUGGAUGAAUGUUGUCAAGCACUUUGUUAUACUGAAUAUAUUUGAGAUAUCAUUAUGACAGGACGAUCAUCACAUUUAUUCACUUUGUAGUCCAUACACUUAUAUGUAUACUAUGUCACCCCAUCAGAGCACCUGGUUUAUUCAUGUUGCAUACUCACAAUCCAUAGUUGCCUAAAAAACUAUACUUUUUAUUAUUUUAAUGCAGUAUUUUCUUUAUACUUUUUGCUUUUAAUCUUUGAAAACUGAAAAAUCAUUUUUUCAUGGUCUAAAUUAUGAUACGUAGGUAUCAUAAUUGAUUAAAUAUAUGGUAUGAAUAUGGUACAAGCUGUUAGUUGGAAUUAACCCAACGUUUUUAUCCCAGUUUCCCAUUUACUUUGCAUAUGAUCUUGUGAACAGCUUUGAUUAAAAACAUUAACUUUUAUAACUGAUGUCAUGGCUUUAUAGCUUCAGCAUAUUUAUUUUGGUAUAUCUGAAUUCAUUUUUAUGGUUUCUGUAAUCAGUAUAUGGUACACAAAUAUAUAUCAAUUUUUAAGGAGGUGGUUUUUAAAUGAUAUAGCACUUAAUGUAUAAUACAGAUUGUUUGAAAAUGGUUAGCAAUGCUCAAACAAUGAAAAAUUGGUACCAAAAUUAUAUAUUCAUUUUCCCAUUUGGCAGUUGUAAUAAAAUACUCUUACUAAUAGACACGAUACAAGUUUACUUUUUGUUUUUCCUUUUUUCCCAUCCAUUUCCUGUCUGGUUUAUUAUAAUGGACACCACGUGUCUGAGAGCCAUGUCAUUUGUAUGUUGGAGCAAGCAAGCAGAUAAUGUCUUUUUUUACUUUUUGGGUUUGGUAUCAAUUUACAUGAGUACUUAAAUGACUCUGAGCUAUUUCAGUCGAUUUUUCAGAAUUAUAGGUAAUGGCGAUAGCAACAUUAUAUUGGUAAAUUCUAUCUGACAUUCUGUCAACUAUGAUUUACACCUGCUAAGAGUGGUUUUAUUAAAAUCAGUGAUCAAUUGCACUACCUUUACCACACUAUUUUGUAUAUGUGUUCGUCGUUUUUAUCAGCAGUUUCCACAUCUUAACUCUGAACAAGAAUUUGAACCCUGAGAAUAUUGUUUUGCACCAUAGUACGGGCAGGCCACCAUAGAUAUGAGGAAUAUUUUGUUUUGGCCACGCAUGAUUUUAUACCAGAUGAAGCAGUGUGUUUAUAUGUUCUGCCAUUUUUUUCAUUUCGAUUUCAAUUUAUUCAUUUUUAUUGUCAUCUGCUUUUAUUCAGUCAUUGUUUUUUGUCGAGAGUCAGCAAUUCAUGCUAAAUAGCUCAAAUCUUCCAUCUCCCUAUUUUGCAGCUGCAUAUAUAUUGGAUAUCUUUUUCUAUCAAUAGCGUAUGAUAUGUAUGGAACUCGAAAUCCUAUGUGCCAUAUCUUUCGUUUAUAACAAAUUGUGACACACCAUAUGAUGACUUUCUAAAGUCAGUAGUUUUAUUCUGCCAUCUUGAACUUCUAGCAGUUGUAAGAAUUCGACCAAUUAAUUUAUUCGUGUUGAGCAUAAGGUACAGAUAAUAGCUCAGAGCUACUUUUCAUUCAGUCAUUAUUUCAAUUUCAUUCUGUGUUACCAAUUUACUGAAAUUGCAGACAAAGAGUUGUCUGAUAAUUAUGUUGAAUUGUCAUUAUUUCUAAGAGUGUCUUUAUUGAGCAAUAACUAUUUUUUUUAAGUUGUUUCCAAGUAGGUCGAUUGUAAUUUGAAAUUAUUUGAGAUUUUGCUAGCAUGCAAAAAUGUCAGUAAAAUACAUCAUUCAAGUCUAUGACCACGUUUUGGGUGAUUAUUGUACUUUGUUGUACUGGUAAUUAAACUCAUCUUGUGUAAUGAUGACCCAGGACCUUGUUAGGUUUUAACUAGUGAAUUCCUUGUAAUAACUCUUUGAAUUUUUUUCUCAUGCUGCUUUGCAUUAUUUUUUCACAUUGUAAUUUAUGUUCAUGUCCAUUACCAGUGUUAUCAUUUGAGAUAAUACUUUUGAAUAUUAUGAUUAAUCUGUUUUCUCGCAAAUAAAAGUUGCCAUUAUUAUGAA